UCAACGUGAUUAAAUUCUCUCUCCUUCUUAUCUUCUUCUUCGUCUUCGUCUUCGUCGUUGUCUCCGACAAGGACCUGAAGGUCUUCGAUCGAAUCAUUUGUUUCAUUAACUUCCCUACCUUCCCCCUCCAUUUUCGUUCUCUUAUACUCAUAUGAAUCUCCUCUUCUGUAUAUAUGGAGCUCCAGUUUCACUCUCCCAUGCUCUGUUCUUACUCUGUUUACUCCAUCCAAUCCCCAGUUUCUCCGUUUGGAUUCGAAUCCAAUGGAGGAUAAGAAAUCGAGUCUUGUUUCAGGUUCACUAGAGAUCCGUAUGCCGGUUCUGUUGUUUGUCUCGAUUCUCUUUGCGAUUUUCGCUGUUUCCUUGUCUGACCAGUUUCUCACCGCCGACUGGGAGCAGUUGAGAUCCGUUGGGUUUGGUUCGUCGAUUUUGUUUCCUGUUAAAGGAAAUGUUUAUCCUCUAGGUCAUUUUACGGUUUCUGUCACGAUUGGUAAUCCGCCGAAGGCUUUUGAAUUGGAUAUUGACACUGGGAGUGAUCUCACUUGGGUUCAAUGCGAUGUUCAGUGUACUGGUUGCACUCUGCCCCGUGAUAUGCUCUAUAAACCGCAUAAUAACGCUGUGAGUCGUGAAGACCCAUUGUGUGCGGCGCUUUCUUCGCCAGGCAAUGCCCCUUGCAAGAAAUCAAAUGAUCAAUGUGACUACGAUGUCGAGUAUGCUGACCAUGGAUCAUCCAUUGGAGUCUUGGUCAAAGAUCUUGCUCCCAUGCGACUCACGAAUGGCCAACUCAUCAAUCCCAAUUUGGGCUUUGGUUGUGGAUAUGAUCAGGACUAUGGUGGCAUGCAACCGCCUCCUUUAGUAGCUGGUGUUCUUGGCCUUAGUAGUAGUAAAGCAACCAUUGUAUCACAGCUAAAUGACCUCGGCCAUGUAAGCAAUGUCAUUGGACAUUGUCUCGCCGGACUUGGGGGAGGAUUUCUAUUCUUUGGAGGAGGCCUCGUCCCAUCUUCCGGGAUGUCGUGGACGCCGAUAUUACGCAAUUCAGAAGGGAAGUACUCAUCUGGACCUGCAGAGGUCUACUUUGGUGGGAAGGCUGGUGGAAUUAAGGGCCUUACCCUGACUUUUGACAGUGGAAGCUCUUACACUUACUUCAACUCCCAAGUCUAUGGAGCUGUAGAGAAACUGUUGAAGAAUGAUUUGAAAGGACAACCUCUAAAACUUGCUCCUGAUGACAAAACCCUUGAACUGUGCUGGAAAGGCCGAAAAGCUUUCAAAUCUGUGAGUGAUGUGAGAGAUUUCUUCAAGCCCCUGGCCUUAAACUUUAAGAACUCCAAGAACGCUCAAUUUCAAAUACCUCCUGAAGCUUAUCUCAUAAUCAGUCCUCGCGAUAAGCUCUAUAAACCGCACAAUAACGUCGUGCGUUGUGGAGAACCAUUAUGUACAGCACUUUUCCACCAAGGCAAGCCCCCUUGCAGGAAUCCAAAUGAUCAAUGCGACUACCAAAUCGAGUAUGCUGACCAUGGAUCAUCCAUUGGUGUGUUGGUCAAAGAUCUUGUUCCCAUGAAACUCGCUAAUGGCACUGUCAUAGCUCCUAAUUUGGGCUUUGGUUGUGGAUAUGAUCAGCAUAAUGGUGGUUCACAACCCCCUCCUUCAACGGGUGGUGUUCUUGGGCUUGGAAACAGUAGAGGUACCUUGGCAUCACAGAUAAGCUCCCUCACUCAUGUACGCAACAUAAUCGGCCACUGCUACAGCGGCCAUGGUGGAGGAUUUCUAUUCUUUGGAGGAGACCUUGUUCCAUCUUCAGGGAUAUCAUGGACGCCCAUAUUACACACUUCAGGAGGGAGGUACUCAUCUGGACCUGCAGAUGUCUUCUUUGGUGGGAAAGCUGUUGGAAUUAGAGGCCUUACCCUAACUUUUGAUAGUGGAAGCUCCUACACUUACUUCAACUCCCAAGUUUAUGGAGCGAUACUCAACCGGUUGAGGAAUGAUUUGAAAGGACAACCUUUAAAAGAUGCACCGGAAGAGAAGAUCCUUCCAGUGUGCUGGAAAGGCUCAAAAGCUUUCAAAUCAGUGGCAGAUGUGAGAAGCUUUUUCAAGCCCCUGGCCUUGAGCUUUACAAACUCCCAAAAUGUUCAGUUUCAAAUGCCACCUGAAUCUUAUCUGAUUAUCAGUGAAUCGGGUAAUGUUUGCUUGGGGAUUUUGGAUGGAUCCCAAGUAGGAUUGGGAAAUGUUAACCUGAUUGGAGAUAUCUCUUUUCUUGAUAAAAUUGUGGUAUAUGACAACGAGAAACAGCGGAUUGGUUGGGCUCCAGCAAACUGCAGUAGACCUCGCAAGCAAUGAAAGUGAUUAAUGGCCGGAGAAA